CUAUAAAUAACCCCUCGCCCUCUCCCUUUGUUUACCUCCAGUUCCCAUUCAAACCGAACGUAAUUGCAGUCGCGCCCAAUUCGAAAAGCUUUAGCUCGAGCAAUCUUCAAGAUUUAUCUCUAGCAAUCUAAGAUCUAAAAAGGAAACAUGGCUAGUGACAGUACCAGUCUCCAAGAUUCCAGCCAAAAUGACAGCAUUGUUCAGAGGUUCUUAAAGAUUUGCACAGUUGUCAGGGAGCCCUGGGUAAAGAAGUGGCUGGUGAAUUCACUUGGGACAUUUGAAUUUGUGACUGAUGUGAUGAUUAAAAUUGCUUCAGAGGAUAAAGAGUGGUCUGAAUUUGCUAUAAUGGUAGAUAAUCUGAGUAGGGAGGACCUGGCUUUCAAGCAAAAACAAGCCACUGUCGAGGCUCUAGCCCGUCUAUUUGGAGUCAUACCUGUUGGUGUGUUGAAUAAUAAAGAUAUUGACCUGCUAUUUACAGCACUUGGCAACUGGUUUGAUGCCGAUGAUGACCGUUCCAAGGUCGUUGCCCUCGAAGCUCUCAGUAGUGGGUUCAACUACUACUUUCCCCAGGUUCCUCUUGACCGUACAGUGAUGAUUCAGAAGUUCUUUAAGAUUUGCUCCUGUGUCAGGGAGCCUUGGUUUAAAAGGUGGCUGGUGAAUGCCCUUGGGAAAUAUGGAUUUGUUACUGACGUGAUGAUUGAAUUGGCUUCAGAUGAAAAAGAGUGGGCUGAAUUUGCUCUUAUGGUAGAGAAUUUGAGGAGGGAGGAUAUCUCUCUAAAACAAAAACAAUCCACGAUGGAGGCUCUUGCAUGUCUACUUGGAGUCCUGGUGAUUGGUGACAUGGAUAAUGAAGAUAUGAACAUGAUACUUGCUGAAGUUAUCUGCUGGAUUGAGAAAGAUGAUGACAUAUUGAAGACUGCUGCCCUUGAUGCUCUCAGCAACGGGGUAGAUAUCUUGGCCUCUGCCCAGGUUGCUGUGCUUGACCAUGCUGUAAUGUUGGCAUUGAAGGCCACCGCUGAGAACGAGACAACUGGGGUCCGAUGUUCCGGGUUCAAAUGCCUGCAAUCCCUAACUGAGGAGUGUUAUUCAGUGGUUGAGCCGCACAAAGUUGCUGUAAUAGAGCAAAUUAGUAGUUCACUGAAAUCUAAGGACAAGGAGGUUGUUUUGGGUGUGAUAGACCUAUGGAACACAAUUAGUCUGGAAACUGGUGUGACAGAGUUAGGGAUGUCAUUGCUCCCAUUGUUGCUAGAGGUUUUGAGCGGGUUUGUGAGGGAACGUGCCAUCACUCUUCGGGUGCAUAGGUGUUUGCUGAGGUUUGCGAAUCUGUCCUACCUGACAUUCACCACCAGUGUGAGAGAUUAUGUGACUCAAGCUAAUGAGAAGCAGAAGGUUGCAUCAGUUUGGGAAGCCAUGGGAGAAUUGAUGGUUGAGCUACCUGAGUUGGCUCGUUGUUGCAACAUGAUAGAAGAGGGUUAGGGCCGGUUGCUGCCCUCUUUGCUGGUUUAAGAAGAUGGUGAAGACGAAGAGGAGUACAUAGGUCGGAAGGAGAGAGUAGAUCAAAUGACAUCAAAUGACAUAGCAUGAAUGUUAAAAACUACUGCUCUGUGAAGUUUAUACGUAUGUAGUUUAGUUUGUUGUGUUUAACAAGAUUACUGCUCUGUGAAGUUUAUAGGUAUGUAGUUUGUUGUGGUUAACAAAUUUGGAUAAUAGUUUGGUGGUGUGAUUUAGAGUUGUUUUGUGAUGAUCCUGUCACACAAUUCAAAUCCCCCUCAAACACAUUUACUUUUAUGAGGGAUGAUUUAACUAUAAAUCUUAUCUUUAUCACUUCCCAAACCAUUCGUCAUUUUAGUGUAAUCCCC